AUGACGUUUACCAAAGAGGAGCGACUGCAGCUAGCAGAUAUGGAUCCUGAGUUGGCUGAGUAUCUAAGGACUGCGAAAUUUCCGCAGCUAGACACUUCUGACCCCUCAAAGGUCAUCGCAGGCUUGAGAUGGUACAUGAAGAGCCUUCACAAACCACCGAACCCGGACAGUGGUGUCGUUGAGCGCGAUGUUUACUAUGCCGCCAGAGAUGGGCACAAACUACGCGGCCAUGUUUAUGAACCGACUGCAAAGCCAGCUGCAUCUGUUCCGCUCGUUGUAUACAUACAUGGCGGAGGAUGGACUAUCGGAUCUCCCGAAGACACCGCGCGGUCAUGUCGCGAUAUCGUCCAGAAGCUUGGUGCUGUUUGCUUAGCGCCUUCCUACCGACAGGGACCCGAGGAUCCAUUUCCUGCUAGUAUUAACGAUGUUUGGGAUGGCCUGCAGUGGAUUGCUUCGAAUGCUGAGUCUGAGCUUGGUGUCUCUUUGUCCAAGGGUUUUGUCAUUGGUGGCUCAUCGGCAGGAGCGAGCAUGGCUAAUAUAGCCAGCCAUCUAGCUCGUGAUGAGAACUUGAAUCCCCCUGUUACAGGCGUCUUUCUACUUGCACCUAUGAUACUCCCACCAGAAUCCGAAGAAGCGCUUCCUGAAAAGUACAAGGAGAUAUAUCUCUCACGAACCCAAACCGAGUGCAAGAACGACCCAAUCCUUACGCCCGCGCUGGAUAAGAUCUUUCACGACUCAGCUACUGGCGAUAUAUCGUCUCCUUUGUUUGUUCCGUUCAUUUGGCCGACGGGUCACCAUGAUCUACCGAAAACCUACUUCCAAGUUUGUGGGCUGGACAUCUUACGUGACGAGGAUCUGAUCUAUGAACAGGUGCUGCGUGAAGACAAUGGGGUUGAAACUAAAAUGAACGUCUACCCUGGGAUGCCGCAUAUCUUCUGGGGUAACUUUUCGCAUCUGGGGCAAGGUAGAAAGGCGGCUGUGGAUCUUGUCAAAGGUGUCAAGUGGUUAUUGACAUAUUAG